CAACAAACAAAAGGCAGGGCAGCCGGUGGCUUUAUAAAUCUCCUUUAAUAACUUGUGACGACACGACUGUGAGUUAGUUGGGCAGGUCGUUCGCGAGUAGCCUCAGGAAAAUGCAUUUAGUCUGGCACUAGGAGCAUUGAUCAACUCGAAAAGACUCAGGCAUUGACAUCCACAAACUAUAUAAGCCAAGUAUCCAACGCAAUGGCUCCCUGGAUCCCCCGUCUGCAUCUCUUUGAGAUUGAUGAUCAGCCUUGGUUCCCACCCUUCCUCCGAGCCCGUGUCCAAGAUGGCCUCAUGCACGCGUGGACCUUCUGUCUACCACCGCUACAAUCCUGCAGCCCCGCUACGCUGGUCGCCAACCUGUUGCAGCGUAAUCUAGGCCCGGCCGUGUCCAAUUACACCUACAUCGACUUCUGCGCCGGCGCAGGAGGCCCAACACCAUUUAUCGAGCGAGCUCUAAAUCGAUAUCUGAAAUCGUCGACUACCCAGAACGGUGCCGCCUCGAACGAAAGCAAUGGUGCCAAGUCGUACGCGGCGGUAAUCGCCAAUGGCUCCUCGGCCGUCGACUUUGUGCUCACGGACCUGCACCCGCAUGUCGAGAGCUGGGAGCGCGCCGCGAAGAAGAGCGCAUACAUCACCUACGAGGCCGAGUCCGUCGACGCGGCGAAUGCCCCGCCGGAGCUGGUGGGACGAUAUAAGGAUAAGGGGCAGAAGGUGUUUCGCCUAUUCAACCUGGCGUUCCACCACUUUGACGAUGGGCUGGCAAGAGCUAUUCUGAAGAACACCGUUGAGACAAGCGAUGGAUUCGGCAUCUUCGAGCUGCAGGACCGAUCGAUCUCGAGCUUCAUAUCGUGCUGUCUGUUUGGUGUAUUCAUUUUGUUGUUUGCGCCCAUCUUCUACUGGUGGUCUCCCAGCCGGCUAUUCUUCACCUACUUGAUGCCCAUCAUUCCAUUUGUGUUAGUAUUCGAUGGCAUCAUUUCCUGCUUGCGAACACGGACCGCAGAGGAGGUUGAGAUUAUACUGCGUACUUGCGGUACUAACACGGAUGGUUGGGAGAUUAAGAGCGGACGGGAGCAGUUCUUGUGGCCUACAGGAUACCUGACCUGGAUCAUUUGCACCAAGAAGCAGUAAUGGAUGGGAUUUGCCAAUGCUGGGCCAACGUAAACAAUAGCACUAGCUCUUGCCAUCAAAUCAGAAAGAAUGGCGGAUCAUGGCGAAAGUAAUAGGACCCCCUUACUCUAGCGCACCCUGAUGUAUAUGACAUGUGUAAGAAUCUACUAUUUGAGAAGUGCAAUCCAUAAUACUAGAAUCU